UUAAAUACUCACGAACGAACAAUAGAAAUCACAUCUGGGUCACAUGUGGGAAACACCGGGUGGAAUUUGUCUCCUCGAAUAGCCUUUUUAAACCUCCCACCACCUCCAUGUAGCUUGAUCUACUAUGGUCAGAAACUAGCUAACGGCAAACAACAAUGUCUAUGUCCCACCGUAGCUAGUGUUUUGCACGGCGGUGCUGCUUACAGACAGAAGUUCAGAACUAGGUCGUUCUUGCUCAUUGCCGGAGGUUACAAGUCACAGGUGUCUGACCCAUUGUAACGUUAGGCCCGACAGACUACAUGUUCCAAAUUCAAAGCAGAAGCAUGCCAUAGCCCCACCAGUGUUUGUGUUCCAGAAAGAUAAAGCUCAGAAGAGAUCAGUAGAAGGGUCCAGUGCAGAGGAUGGAGAAGACUCUGAUAAAGAUGAGAGUAGUUACUGUCCCCCGGCCAAGAGGGAAAGGACAUCGUCACUAACACAGUUCCCACCCGCACAUUCAGUUUCUAAGAACAAUGUGUUCAUGCCAUCCAGUUUCUGUCAGUCCCCGACAGGAAAUAAUCAUUCGGAUUCAGAACCUGAGGAGAAGACGGUUGGUUUUCGCCUGAAGCCUCCCACCCUGAUCCAUGGACAGGCUCCUAGUGCAGGUGUCCCGAGCCAGAAACCCAAGGAGCAGCAGCGCAGUGUACUACGACCCGCAGUACUGCAGGCCCCACUGGCCACCAAAUCACUAACCCAGACCGGGUUGAACAGUGGUACAAAUGGAGUGAACAGGUCAUCAGAGGGUCUGCCAGUCACCCAGAAUAACACAGAGAACUGUGAUGACACGACCACGUCACAGGUUGAGCAAAGAAGUGAACAGGAAGUCUCUACAUCAGCAGAAUCAGGGGAAACCAAUUAUUUCCUACAAUACAGAAGCACUCCCAGCUUACAGAAGGCUGAGAACAAGGCUGACGACAGGGAUAAGUUUGUGUUUGGACAGAACAUGUCAGAUCGUGUCCUGAGUCCGUUGAAAUGUGAGCAAGCAGCCGAGGGCAGCAGAGAUCCCCCCACCGCCCCGCCCUGUGAGCUCCUGUCAAAAGACAGCAGCCCUGAUAAAGAUAACAAUGUGACAGAGUCUUUGGAGGAGUCGGCGGCGGCCUACACCAAAGCCACAGCCAAGAGGUGUUUGUUAGAGAAAGUAGAGGUCAGAACUGGAGAGGAGUCGGAGAGUAACGUUCUUCAGGUCCAGUGCAAGUUAUUUGUGUUUGACAAAGCUUCCCAGUCUUGGGUUGAGAGAGGCAGAGGACUGCUAAGGCUCAAUGAUAUGGCUUCCACAGAGGAGGGAUCGUUACAGUCCAGGCUGGUGAUGAGGACCCAGGGCAGUUUGCGUCUGAUCCUCAACACCAAACUGUGGCCUCAAAUGCAGACGGACAAGGCCAGUGAGAAGAGCGUCCGCAUCACAGCCAUGGACACUGAGGACCAGGGGGUCAAGGUCUUCCUCAUAUCGGCAAGCUCUAAGGACACAGGGCAGCUGUACGCAGCGCUGCACCAUCGUAUUCUGGCCCUGCGGAGCCGCUCUGACCAAGAGCCAGAGCCCAGGGUCCCCAUCCCAGAUGGCCACAUCCCUCAUCCCCAGUCUAACGGGGAGGAUAGUGAUGAGGACGAACCGCUCACACCCACUGCCAACACCACAGAGGGUCCAGAGGCCCAGUCCUGCGGGACUGGCAGUGGGAGUGGGUCCUCAUAGCACCUGCCCCCCUUCAUCGGCUCACGCACUGCAGUCAGGACCACCUUACAGACCCCUCCGUGGACACCUCAGGCCAGCAUCUCCCCAGUGGUCUGAGGUCACAGUGGAGCGCCAGGAAGGAUCCUGUGUAGGUGUUACUAAGUUAACUCUGCAGUUCACACUCUGGAUUCACAGUCUAUCCGGGAUGGAUGGUCUUUUUUUGUUUAGUUUUUCUUUUUUUCUUUUUUUACUUCUAGAACUGGAUUUUGGGGGGAGUGGGGGGUGUUGUGAAUUGGAUGCUCAUCAUAUUGAUGAGUGAGAGGGAACGAGAAAGCAGUUUUCUUCUCUAGCUGAUAUAAGUACAUUCUAAAUAGUUUGCUGUUAAAAGUGUGACUUCUUUAGCCACCUUGCAAGAGAACAGACCUCAGGCACUUCAGUGGGGCUUGUAUUUUGUUCAGCGAGGUAAAGAUUGAGUUGCUUAGCAAAUAUUUGUUUAUAAAGUCUUUUUUUUAUUUCACUGAGUUUUGUCAUUGAAGAGUGUCUGAACUCUUACUUCAAGUUGUAUUUUUCUAAGGCAAAAUGCUUGCACACGCUCUAGCUAGGAGUAGUCCGUCAAUACCUCCUCUGGCCACUGUUAGUUUUUAGUCUGUAGUCCACAUUGUCAUUAAUUUUUUUUACCACAAAUCGGUUGAAUUUAGAAUACCUUGUGCAAACACCUGUUUGAUGUUCGUAGCCAUAAAAUAUUUAAUUUAAUAGUGGAAUUUACCUGUGUUCAUGAUUAUUAUUAUUACUGGUACAUUACGUUUUUAUUGAUAGUUAAUAUUAUCCACUUUGUUUUUGAAAUUCAUGUGAAAAUUAACUAAUUCUGUAAAUAAGAAAGCUUGUUGGAUUUGAUCAUUUUACAACAGGUUUGCACCAUGACCCCAAAGUUUACCCCGAAUAUAGCCAUUAGAUUUGUUUGUUUCAAAAAUAUAAACAUUUUUUAGAUAGAUCAGAAAAAUAUACAUGUUACAAUUAUGUAACUAGUUUGCUUUAAAUAAGUUCCAAUCACAAGGCUUUGUUUAUAACAACCACGAUCUCAGAGUCAUGUAAGACCAUUGGAACAAAAGAAAAUCCCUAUUUUUUUCAUGCGAUCAGAAAGGCCAAUAUAAUAACUUUUAGGUUAGGGUGUUGGCAUUUGGUGUAUCUAGCAUGUCAUUAUUUUCAUCUGUCCUAAAUUUGUUUGACAUCAAAACCCUACAAAAUGCACAUAUACUCUCAGAACAGCGAAUGCUGCCAUUUUAUUCAAAGAGCUAUAGACAUUGGAACAGGUGGUACUACGCACACAGGGUACAGUAUUUUUCACCAAUAGUCUGGUGCUGAGCCCUCAAUUUAUUCCUUUGUUAAAUAUAUGGCUCUGGUUUGGUGUAUUUAAAACAAACAGACCCCUUAAAGAGAAGUAGAUGACUAAUGUAAUAUUUUCUUCAGUGAAGUGUAGUUCCUUUUGUUUUAAGCCUUUUUCUUCCUCAUCGGUGGAAUGAGUAAUAUUUCUAAGUUGUAUUAUAGCGUUCUGCUUUUUCAUCUACUACAAGCCUUUGAUGUGAAAAAUGUAUUUUAACUAAAAAAAGUAUACUAAGAAAAGUAAAAAAAAAAAAACAGGCAAGUAGACAUAUUAUUGGUUAAAAUGUAUAAAUCCUGUAAUGUAUAUUAUUGAAUAAGCAGCCUUUUAAAGGAAUAAUCCACUCAAACUUUAUUUGGGUAAUUGUCAUUUCACUGUUGAUAAUGAAACAAAUUCCAAAAUAUAGUUUUUGAGUGGAUUACUCCUUUUAAGUGUAAAAAAGGACAACUCCUUAUUUAGUACUCUUCUUCACCGCAGUCUAUAGAAACCUCACCGUGUAAUGUGCUCCGUAAAAUUGUGUUCUCUCCAUUUUUCACAUUCUGCUUGUGUAGCUACAAACAGGACUAUUCCUAAUGGCCCAGUUUUAAAAAAGUUAUCUGGGUUUCGCCUAUCAGAUAAGAAUAGAAUAGAAUGAAUAGAACGGAAGUCCCCAUUCAAGUCAAUGUUUUGUCCAUUCUAUUCAUUCUAUUUCUAUGCAUUUAAUCCUAUCCGAUAGGUAAAAUCUAGAUAACUUAAAAAGAAACUGGGCCCUGGACAUGAAUGUAUGGCAACUUGUCUCUAUAUAAAGGGCCAGGGGCCGACGUUCUUCAGCACUUUUCCUUCUCUGUGAUAUUUCUCCCAUCAAUAUGAAUUGUUUUAAUGUUCGUAAAUGCACAUGAACUGGGGCUGUCCAUUGAUUAAUUGGCAAAGGUGGUUGAUAAUGAAGUGUUGAAUGUUGUUUACAUUGGGGUCAUUGGUUAUUUGUUGGGGAGUGACUGUAAGACAGAUAUACACUUUUGUUCAUGUUCUAUUUUUGUUGCUGAAAUGUCUGUCAUGUCUGCUAUAGUUCCCUUAAAACAUCUACCUGUUUUUUUUGCUUUUUUUUAGUUAUGCCUAGCUGUCGUUGUUCCAUAACCUGGUGCUAUUUUGUUGCAUUUCCUAUCACUAUACAAGUCAAUGUUGAUAUUCUGUUAGAUCGAGAUCAAAACAGUACAUCUUUGAAUGGAAGUCGAGUGAAGAGGAUGUUAUGAAACCUAGUUGACAUGGACGCGCUAUUGUACAAGGGCACCUGUCUCAUACUGUAUCUGUGACUGGAAUAUGUUUUCAUAGGAACAUGUCGUCUGCGCUGGCCUUUUAACAUGCCAUUAACUUCAAUAUAUUAGGUGAUAGUUUACAGUAGUGGCAUUGCUGCUUGUUGUGAUUGAUCCAAUACAACACAAGUGUGUUCAUAGAGUAGGUAUGCCAGAGAUACGCAAGGGAUCGGGAGUGUUGCAUUAAUAGACGUUGGAAUGGUCCGAAAAAGAAGAUUAAUUUCAAAUAGGCCCACUUAUGAGGGAAAGGCUUGCUUACCACCUAUCCUCUCUUUCCAAUGGAGACAUCUAGAGAGGGACCAAACCUAUCAGGAUAAAGAUGCUUGUCAUUGAGGAGCACUAGAAUAGCUACAUGUCUCCUUUCAACAAUGCCCACCUUAACCAGUCAUUUUGAUAUCAAUCGCCCAAUAUGUGUGAAAUAAGUGCGAAGAUGGGCUACAGAGUCAUAGCAAAUCUCCAUUCAGGCAACACACAGGAGGAGAUACUGUACUGUACCAUUCACCCCUGUUGAUGUGUGUAUCACAGAAAGGCUACUUUGAAUCUCCUCCUGUCUGAGAUCUUGUACGGCUGUCAGAGCAUCUACUAGCUGUAGUAUAUUAUUUACCGAUCUCUAAUGCGUAAACUCGAUGGAACGCCUCUUUCUAAUAACCCUAGUAGAGUGCUGUCAAAUGUCGUUGACAAAUUUGAGUCUUUUGGUCUAGGUUUUUCUUCAUUUUUUUCCCUUUAAAGGUUUUGAGGAUAUUAAAGAAGGCAGUAAAUAUCCCCCUCCCCUCCACCACCCUAUAGAUGUAUAAGAGUUCAGGGACCAUGAUGUGACUAUGCUUAGAUUGCUGAGGGAUUGAGCUGUAAACAUUGGGCUGGAGAACCACAGCAUUGCAGUGAGUCAUUCUAGCGGUCUGGGCCUACUCAAGGGAGGCAAGGGAGCGUGUGGCAUGGAUUUCUGUUUAUAACGCUGCUGUCUGUCAGCAAACCAUAGAGGUCUGUCCAUCCGUCCAAACAAACCACAGGGAUACUUGGAGAUCUGGGUCAGGACUCUCUUCCCCCAGUCCUAGGGAUGGGCAUCUUGGGACCUGGAGCGCUGCAGGGAGUGCAGGCUUUAGUGCCGUUUAGUUAAUUCGCUCAUAAUGGUUUACAAUAAAAUAGAAGAUUAGAAUAAGCCCUGAAGGCUGGUGAAACAAAGGCCUGCACAGCUCUCCAUGAACAGAGUUGCCCACCCCUGUCUCAGUCCCUUCACCUGAAAUUCAUUGUUGAGCCUACUGUUUUGACAGGUGAAACAAUCAUGUUAUUUUUUUGCUUUGAGCUUUAGUAUAAAAUGACUACAAAAAAAGGCAAAAACAUAAACAAAAAAACUAAUAUAAAAAAAAUCACUUGUGUUAUAAAAAAAUGUUUAUGUAAAAUUGUCAUAUCAAAUGUAUUUCAAAAUUACAUUAAAACUUUUAACAGAAA